AUGGCAGGCUGCUUAAGACAAAAUUUAUUGCUGAUGCUAACAAUCACUUCUGUAUUACUGGGUAUUCUAUUGGGCUUUAUUGGACGAAUAUUUAAUUUUACAGUUCAAUCUGUAGUACUGGUUAGCUUUCCGGGCGAAAUAUUAAUGCGUAUGCUGAAGCUAAUGAUUCUACCGCUUAUAAUCAGUUCACUCAUUUCAGGAUUAGCUCAAUUGGAUGCGAAACAAUCCGGUCGUUUGGGUUUUCUUGCAAUAUUUUAUUACGUUGCUACUACUGUUAUUGCUGUUAUAACGGGCAUAUUUCUGGUGUUAAUAAUACAUCCCGGUGAUCCAACAAUCAAACAUGAUAUCGGUGAAGAUAUAGAUGCAAAAACAGUCAGUACUCUCGAAACAUUUCUCGACUUAUUGAGGAAUACAUUCCCGGAAAAUAUUGUACAAGCAACAUUCCAACAGGUGCAAACCAAAUAUAUCGCGAUAAAACCAAAACUUAUUAAAAGAAACAGUUCUGAAAUUUUACAUGCAAUUGCAAACGGUUCUCUUAUUGUUAUGAAACCAACCGUUGAAUAUACUGCUGGUAUGAAUGUUCUUGGUGUAAUAGUAUUUUGCAUAUCUUUUGGAAUUAUAUUAAGUCAACUUGGUGAGCGAGCUCAUACAAUGGUUGAUUUCUUCUCCAUAAUGGAUCAAGUAAUUAUGAAACUUGUCAUGCUUAUCAUGUGGUAUUCACCGAUUGGAAUAAUGUGUUUGAUUGCUGGAAAAAUUUUGGAAAUCGAUGAUUUGGCACAUAUGGCUCGAAUGUUGGCAAUGUAUGUGAUGACAGUAUUGCUAGGACUUAUCAUUCAUGCAUUGAUCAGUUUACCAAUAUUAUUCUUCAUCUGUACCAGGAAGAAUCCAUUUACAUAUAUGCGGGGUUUACUACAAGCAUGGGUUACCGCUCUUGGAACUGCUUCAAGUUCGGCAACACUUCCCAUUACAUUUAAAUGUUUGGAAGAAAAUUUGGGAAUUGAUCGACGAGUGACUCGAUUUGUACUACCUGUUGGAGCAACUAUUAAUAUGGAUGGUACAGCAUUGUAUGAAGCAGUAGCAGCUAUUUUUAUAGCCCAAACAAAUGGUGUUGUUCUAUCAUUUGGCCAAGUUAUUACCAUUAGUUUAACAGCAACAUUAGCAUCAAUAGGCGCAGCAUCAGUACCAUCAGCUGGCUUGGUAACAAUGUUAAUCGUUUUAACAGCAGUUGGUUUACCUGUAAAGGAUGUUUCGUUAAUUGUGGCUGUUGAUUGGCUUUUGACAUCAUCGGAAAAUGUGGAAAAAGCGCAAACGUAA